AUGGCUGAUAAAACAAGCUCUGGAGAUAGCACCGUCCACCUGGGUGUUAAGGAUUAUUAUGGAAAGACUUUGCAGAAGACGUCAGAUCUUAAGAGUAAUGCUUGUGUGGCUGAAGUUGGGCCUCUGCCAAAAUUCAUUCUCCAAGCUUUGAAGAAAGUCCAUCCUGAUGUGACUGACAGAUACUAUGGUUGUGGCCUGACUGUGCCAGAGUGUUUGGAGGGGUGCAGGAUUCUGGACUUGGGCUGCGGGAGUGGCAGAGAUUGCUACAUGCUAAGUCAAUUGGUGGGAGAAGCUGGCCACGUCACUGGCAUCGACAUGACGGAGGAUCAGUUGGAAGUGGCCAGGAAGCAUGUGGACUUUCAUAUGAAGGAGUUUGGCUACCAAAAGCCCAAUGUUACCUUUGUUCAGGGCUUCAUUGAGACCUUAACAGAGGCAUCUCUGGAAAAUAACUCUUUUGAUAUAAUAAUCUCCAAUUGUGUGGUGAAUCUUUCUCCAGACAAGAAGAAAGUCCUGACUGAAGCCCACAGUGUGCUCAAGGAUGGUGGCGAAUUUUUCUUCAGUGAUAUGUACUGCAAUGGAAGACAAACUGACGAAAUAAAGAACAACAAAGUUCUCUGGGGUGAGGGUUUCGGUGGUGCACUUUGGUACAAAGAUCUUCUACAGUUGGCUGAGGAAGUUGGAUUCAGACCCCCAAGACUUGUCAAAGCCAAUGUCAUAACUGUUGACAACAAAGAUAUACAAGCCAUUCUGGGCGACUUCAAGUUUGUUUCUGCCACAUACCGUUUGUUUAAAGUCCCGAAAGGUACCUCAAAACCAUGUAAAGUAAUUUACAAAGGAAACAUUACCGGAGCAGAGGACGCUCUCCACUUUGACUGUCAGUACACCUUCAAGACUGAUAAAGUGGAGGAGGUCGAUGGUGAAUUAGCUGACAUCCUGACCCAUUCCAGAUUUGCUCAGGCCUUCACGCUCCAGCCACAAGAAGGCUCUUGUGAACCUUGCGCAAUCAAACCAAAGGCAGUCUCUGGGGAUCCGUUUGAGCUGGCUGUGCAGCUGCAGAAACAGAGUACAGGCUCAGCCACAGGGGGAUGCUGCAGUACACAGUCUGUGACCUGCCAAUGA